UUCUAAGAGUUUUCUUUUUACUGUCAGCUUGGUGGCCAUCUGUUCAAGGCCGUAUUAGAAGGGAACAAGAAAGAAGCAGAAAGACUGUUGGCAGUUGGUGCAGACCCAGACAGUCACGGUGGAAAGCUGGUGAAUGGAGUGUUGGCACGAGAGCUUGGAGUGACUACAGCUGGCCUCCUUGCCAGUGCCCUGAAUAUGGAAUGGGCUGUAACCAUGUUUGCCAAGAAUGCAAGAAAUGAUAAAACCGGUGAAACUGGCCUUCUGACAUCAGCUGUCUCAAACUCUGUGCAGCUUAAAGUUCCCUCACGACAAUUUCGUGUGAGACAUGCAACGGCAAUUCAAGGAGGUGCUGAUGUGUACAAGAUGGACAAGGAGGCACGAGGCUUUGUUCGCAUCUUGAACUUCAGUUGUUUCAAGGACAGAUCCGACCUGAACCUUCAGCAACUCGACUACGAUGCUUGCAUAAUGUCAGAUGUAUUUGAUAAGAUGGGAUACAUGUGUAAAACACACUCGUCACUCACGGCUCAGCAGACUAAGGAGGUCAUGAAAAACAUUAGGGAUGGUGAUGAGCUAACAGACGUCGGAUGUGCUAUAUUUGUCAUUUGUGGAUAUAGUGUAAAUGGCAGGAGUGUUCUUACGUCUGACAUGAAAUGUGUAGACAUCGACUAUAUGUUGAAUGCGUUCAAAGAUUCCGAAUGUCCUCAGCUCAAAAACAAACCCAAACUUUUCAUUUUUAACUUGUUUAACAUGAAUGAAGUUAUCGAGACUUCAAGCAGUGAAAGUCCAAAAGUGAUGAGGUUGACAGAUCCCCUGAACGACAUGGCUUGUCUAUAUUCGAACAGCAUUGGUGUGAACUGCGUCCCGAAUGGGAAAGGAACCUCCUUCAGCUGGUCCUUGUGUCGCACUUUGGCAGAACAUGCUGCUGAGCAUGAACUUUGUGAUUUUUACAGAGAAUUCCUGAAAGAAUACAACAAGAGCUCUCCUAGUUUCUCACCUGAAUUGAGGUACUUUGGCUUCACCAAGAAAUUCUUCUUUAAUCCUAUGUAAAUUGAAUGAGACCUCUUGAAAGAAGUUUUUAUCUGAUUCACACACCAUGAAUUCAAGAGAUCUGCAACAGCAAUUACCUGAGGUAGUGGAUUUUUAAUUAUCUAUUAAGAAAAUGCACUGGACAAACUUUGGGUAUUGGGACAAACAUAGAAAAGUAACAGUGGUAUAAUUUCGAUGAAUAAUUAUCAACGAAAUAUUUCAGGUAAAAUGUUUAUAUUCAUUCACAUUUUUUUUCGAUUCUCGAAACAAAUAAAAAUUAUUUUAUAUUAUGUUUUUGUAGAGGAAGAUUGCUAGAUAGAUAUACUAAUAUAGACACAUGAAUUAUUCAUCAUGUUUAUGUAAAUAAUGUACAAAAUAUAUCUAGUCAUUCAAAU